AAUCUCCGCCAUUUUCAUUCUUUUCUCUAUUCCUUCCGUCAUAUGGCGUAUUAGUGUGUUCGUUUGUCGGCCAUAUUAAAUGAAAUCAAUAAAAUAAGACAAAAUGUCGACCUAUUAAGUGUGUAAAAUUAUCCACCAACAUCCAGUUUUUGUGUGAUUAAAUCAUCAAGAGGAUCACAAUGGAGAAUUCCUACGGUGUGGGGAUUGUUAAUAGAUACGCUCUUUUUUUGGACGACGAGACCGAUCCUCUUGAUGCGUUAAAAGCGCGAGAGCAAGCCAAGGAGCUUAAAAAGAAAACCAAAGAAGCCGAAAAAGAGAACAAAGGGAAACCCGAAAUAAAGCCUAAGAGCGGCAGUGUGGUCGCUCGGAAGGGCAUCAAGGAAACCCAAAAUGUGAAGUCUCAAGAAAAUAAGACCGGCGAACAACAAAAGAGCAAAGGCCCGGCACGGACUGGUGAGCGUCCUGCAGAGCGUCCGCCUCCAAGGCGUCGCGAGGAACGACCGCAAAACGGUGCCAUCGACGGUAAAGAAGUCGCACCGAGGCCUCCUCGACGCGAAUUUAGUGACCGCCGACCGAACUUUGAACGGCGUAACUUUAGUGACAACCCCGAGGGUGGUGAACGCCGUGGACCGAGACCACCGCGUGAACCCCGUGAGGGACAACGCGGUCCGAGGCCCGCCUACGACAGUCGGGGCAAACGCGAGUUCGACAGAAGGUCUGGUUCCGACAAGACCGGUGUGAAGCCGGUGGACAAGCGCGAGGGCGGAGGGCCUCACAACUGGGGUACCAUCAAAGACGACUUGGAUGAGUUGCAGAAGACUGGCUCCGAGGGUGAGGCUGUGGAGGAGAAGGUCCCGGACGUGGCUGCCGCUGGCGACGGGCAGCAACCGGACGCCGAGCGCACGGUACCGGCCGAGGAGGAGCCGCGCGAGCUAACGCUGGACGAGUACAAGGCGCUGCGCAACGCCCAGCGCAUGGCUCCGCAGUACAACUUGCGCAAGGCAGGUGAGGGCGAGGACUUGAGUCAGUGGAAGAACCUCGUGAUGCUGGAGAAGAAGAAAGAGGGUGGGGAAGACGACGACACCGAUGAGGAAUACGACAUGGCCGACUACCCGCAACGUGUAGGUCGCCAGAAGCGCGUGCUGGGCAUCGAGUUCACGUUCACCGACACGGCACGGCGCGGCGGUACUGGCGGUCGUGGGCGUGGGCGAGGGCGCGGGCGCGGGCGAGGCGUUCCGCGCGAGGAGCCGCCGCCGGAGGAGCGCCCAGCGCCGCGCUCACAGGUGGCUCCGCCCAAGGUUGACGACAGCAAGGAUUUCCCCUCUCUCAGCUAGACUCGAUGUGAGUCCUCCUUCACCCCUUUUGAAAGUACUAUAGAAAUACAAAUUAAUAUUGUAUGUACCGUUAUUUUUGAAGUAAAUAUACAAAAUAUUUACACAAGUGUGUAUUAUAUUACAAAUUUUAUUUGUUGGGAUGCCGAGUGUCAUCUGCCAAUGCCGGGAUUGAUUCCUGCUGUUUUGAGAGUUACUUAAUGUUGAAAAUCAAAAGUUGCUUAUGUUUUCCUUAAGGUGUAAUGAAGGGGGGAGGAUAUUCUGACUUGACAUUAACGCAUAUGAAUCUAUCAUCACAGUAGCUUUUAUCAUUGUAGUGACAGCUAUGUGAGUUAACUUUUGCCAGUUAAUAAUAGGGAUUUUAAUCUUACAGACUCUGACACACCAUAAUAAAUUAACUCCGUCACAACUUAGUGUAGGAAGUGAUGAAAUAACCCUUUGCAUUUUAUAUCAUCAGUUUGUGUUUAAGAAUGCAGACUUUUCUGUAAAUAGUUAUAUAUGUUUUAAAAAAUAAGGUCAAAACAAGGUUGAUUUUGUUGUUACACAAACUUAAAAAAAAAUAAAACAUUUUGUAUGUGUGA